AUAAGGCGAGGUGGACAAGAAACCGGGGAACACGAUGAGAACCAGACUCGGUGCUUUCUUGUUUACUUUUGCCAUUUUUAUUGUGCUUGCUUCUUGUGAAGUGGUCAUAAAACAAAAAUUGGACCAUGGAUUUUUAGCCGACCUGAUUCUACACGCACCAAAGUCACUACAUGGCUGGAGAGUACAUGUCCUUUUCUCAACACCCGUGAACAAAAUUGACAUAUGGGAUGCCCAUGUGGUACAGAGCCUCAACAACGGCCGGGAAUUUGUCAUCGCCAACAAGAAUUACAACAAGGACCUUCGUUCAGGCGAAACCAUCAAAAUGGAAAUCGAAGCUCACACAAGCAUCCAUGCCCUGCCAACUGCAUCUCUGUACUUUGAGGGAUUCCAAACAUCCGGUCAGCCAACCACGGCCUCGCUGAGCAGUCACGUGACGACGACACCAAUGACGUCACAUCACGGAGGUGGAAACAACAAAUACAACUACACGAAGUUACUUGGAGAUUCCAUUCUGUUUUACGAGGCCCAGCGAUCCGGCAAACUGCCCACAGACAACAGGAUCCCCUGGAGGGGGGACUCGGCGUUAGGGGACAAGGGGGACCACGGGGAAGAUCUCACAGGGGGAUGGUAUGACGCCGGAGAUCACAUCAAAUUUAAUUUUCCAAUGGGGGCGUCCGUGACCUUGUUGACCUGGGGACUGCUCAAGUUCAAGGACGCAUACGUGACAUCGGAUCAACUGGACCAUAUGUACAGCUGCAUAAAAUGGCCGCUUGACUACUUCCUUAAGUGCUGGGAGCCAACGAGACAAGAACUUUACGUACAGGUUGGCAAAGGCAAAAUUGACCACGAUGUGUUUGGUCGUGCUGAGGACAUGACUAUGCCCCGUCCAGCAUACAAGGUGACAGCAGCGCAUCCCGGAAGUGACGUAGCUGGUCAAAUGGCUGCAGCAAUGGCGGCUGGAGCAAUUGCUUUUGAAACAAAAGACAAGGCAUAUGCUACAAAGCUGCUGACAGCCGCUAAAAGCCUCUAUGAAUUUGCAAAGGCCCACCAUGGAAAGUACAGUGACAGCGUGACGGAUGCGAAGGAAUUCUAUGGGUCCUCCGGCUUCCGGGACGAGCUGGCCCUGGCCGCAGUCUGGCUGUUCAAGGCCAGCAAGGAGUCCCAGUACUUGCAGGAGGCGGAGCAGUACGUCGCCACAGACACGGCCUGGGCGCUGGAUUGGGAUGACAAGGGCGUCGCUGCACAGAUGCUUCUGUAUGAAGUGACGAAGGACAACAAAUACAGUGGAAUGGUGGAGGACUUUCUGAAGGACUUCAUGCCCGGGGGAACUGUGCAGUACACUCCGUGUGGCCUGGUCUUCAGGGACAAGUGGGGGCCUUUCAGCUAUGCGGCCAAUGCAGCCAUGUUGGCUUUAAUAGCGGCCGAGGAUGGCCUUCACCCUGACUCCUACCGCGCGUGGGCAGAGGGUCAGAUUGCCUACAUGCUGGGCAACAACAAGUACCACAUGAGCUUCGUAGUCGGCUAUGGAUCCAAAUACCCGCUACAUGUCCAUCAUGCUGGAAGCACGUGCCCGAAUCCUCCUGCAACAUGUGACUGGGGAACGUUCGACUCCCCAGCUCCGAACGCUCACGUGCUGUACGGAGCGCUGGUUGGAGGACCUGAUGGCCAGGACAACUACAAGGACGUUAGGAACGACUACAUCCACAACGAGGUGGCGUGCGACUACAACGCCGGCUUUCAGUCUGCUGUAGCAGGUCUGCUGCACUUACAACACAGGAACCAGCUCCCCGCACCCAGCCUUCAUGGGUGUACUUAGUGGAUCUCCCGUCUGUGUUUGUAACAAUAACACAGAUCAUUAAAUGUCAUUGUAGGAGUUAA